UUCAUUGCCUACAUUUGUGCUUGCAUUUUUCCAUCAUCUUCAUUUGUCUGUUUCAUUUAUUAUUUCUUUCAAGUUAGUUGUAUUUAUAUUAUUGUUGGAUGCUAUAUCCUUGACUGGAAUUCAAUGUCAUGGUGGGUAAAUUAAUUUAUCAAUGGUGCAUUUGUAUGGCUUUGUUGAUGGAAGAACAGAAUUUCUCGGGAAAAAGGAUAACCUUACCAUUCAUAGAUUUUAGCAGCAAUCAUGUCUCACUUUUUUUUCAACAGGUGAUGGACAUUGUUCUGGGUUAUACUGAAAAGUUGGUAUUGAAGAAUUAUCAAUCAUUUGAGGCUAGAUCUGGUUGUUUCACGGAUCCUUACAGGAGGGAUGCUUGUCUUUUGUUGAGUAUAUUGGUUUUAAGCAUUCUGGGUGGAGAGCAAACAGGCAGUACAAUGAGCCCUCCUGAAAAGCUACUGAAGACUGAGACAGUGCCCGCAGUUAAGAUGCCUGACUUAAUAGACACCGGUGGUCCAGAAUAUUACUAUGGGACAGAAGAUUCUAUAAAUAAAGCACAAUGA